CCCUGAACCUGGUUGAGAAAACACUGGUAUCCAUAUUACAGCUUUAUUUGUCUUUACAGGACAGAAAAACUGUUGAUGAGUAUUUCCAGUAAGCGGACUGCAGCUGAAGAUGUUAAUACAGAUCAACAUAGUAAAAAAGCAAAGACAGAGGGAACUGGGAGCCACCUUGAAGUCAUGCAGAGAAUCCAGGUUCACACAGUAGAAACUGUUGAGGCAUGCUUACACGAGGUUGCUGUGCCUCCAGAAGAAGAAUUUGUUCCGUUAAAACCAGUAGAUACUGAGCCAGCCAAGACAUAUCCUUUCAUACUAGAUCCGUUUCAGAAAGAAGCCCUGCUCUGUUUGGAAAAUAACCAGUCCGUGCUGGUAUCUGCUCACACUUCAGCUGGAAAAACUGUUGUGGCUGUGUAUGCUAUAGCUAUGUCGUUACGUGACAAACAGCGUGUAAUAUACACAACACCAAUUAAGGCACUGAGUAAUCAGAAGUAUAGGGAAUUGUUUGAGGAGUUUCAGGAUGUUGGUUUGAUGACUGGAGACGUUACAAUUAACCCCACAGCCAGUUGUCUUGUCAUGACCACAGAGAUUUUAAGGAGUAUGUUGUACAGAGGUUCUGAAAUAAUGAGAGAAGUUGGAUGGGUAAUCUUUGAUGAAAUCCAUUAUAUGAGAGAUAAAGAGAGAGGAGUGGUUUGGGAAGAAACAAUUAUUCUAUUACCAGACAAUGUACAUUAUGUAUUCUUAUCAGCUACCAUACCAAAUGCUAGACAGUUUGCUGAAUGGAUAUGUCAUCUUCAUAAACAGCCAUGUCAUGUUGUGUACACAGACUACAGACCAACUCCACUACAACAUUAUAUAUUUCCAGCAGGAGGAGAUGGUAUACACCUUGUUGUAGAUGAAAAUGGUGAAUUUAAAGAAGAGAAUUUCAACACUGCCAUGUCUGUCUUGAAGGAAGCAGGAGAUGCUGCUAAAGGAGACAUCAAAGGAAGAAAAGGAGGAUUUAAAAACCAAGAAACAAAUUGUUACAAGAUUGUUAAGAUGAUAUUAGAGAGACAAUUUGCUCCUGUGAUAGUGUUUAGUUUUAGUAAGAAAGAUUGUGAGGCCUACGCACUGCAGAUGACAAAAUUAGAUUUCAACACAGAUGAGGAAAAGGAACUUGUACAGGAAGUGUUUAACAAUGCUAUUGAUGCUCUCUCUGAUGAAGACAAGAAACUACCUCAGGUUGAGCAUGUUCUACCUUUACUAAAGAAAGGCAUUGGUAUACAUCAUGGUGGGCUUCUACCAUUACUCAAAGAAACCAUAGAAAUUCUCUUCUCAGAGGGUUUAAUCAAGGCCUUAUUUGCCACAGAAACAUUUGCGAUGGGUUUAAACAUGCCUGCUAGAACUGUUCUAUUCACAAGUGCGCGGAAAUUUGAUGGAAAGGAUUUUAGAUGGGUGACAUCAGGGGAGUAUAUACAGAUGAGUGGGCGUGCUGGUAGGCGUGGCUUAGAUGAUCGUGGUAUUGUUAUAUUAAUGAUAGAUGAGAAGAUGCCCCCUGCAGCUGGUAAACUUGUUUUAAAGGGUGCAGCAGAUCCUCUCAAUAGUGCGUUUCAUUUAACAUACAACAUGGUGCUAAACUUGCUGCGUGUUGAAGAAAUCAACCCGGAGUAUAUGUUGGAAAGGUCAUUCUAUCAGUUCCAGAAUUAUGCUGCUAUACCUGAUCUCAUUGAAAAAUUAAAGAAAACAGAAGAGCAGUACAAUAAAUGUGAAGUGGCUAAUGAAGAUCAAGUGUCAUCAUAUUAUAAGUUAAGACAACAGCUAGAUCAUCUCAGUAAAGAGUUAUUGACCUACAUACAGAAACCCCAGUACAUCUUACCAUUCCUGCAGCCUGGUAGACUUGUGCAUGUCAAAAAUGGCACGGAUGAUUUCAGUUGGGGCAUGAUAGUAAACUUUCAAAAGAAGGCUAAUCAAAGUAAGUCAUCUGAAGAGGGGCCAGUUUAUGUUGCAGAAGUAUUAGUAAACAUGACUAAAGAGUCUGCAAAGUCUCGUAACUCCGCAAUGGUUAAACCAAGUCCUCCUGGUGUUCUUGGAGAAAUGCAGGUUAUUCCAGUGCUGUUACAUUUGAUACAAGAAAUCAGUGCUGUUAGACUAUAUCUACCAAAAGAUCUGCGGCCAUUUGAUAACAGGCAGAGUGUCGGAAAAUCUAUACAGGAGGUACAGAAAAGAUUCCCUGAUGGUCUGCCCUUGUUAGACCCAGUAGAAGAUAUGGGCAUCAAAGAAAAAUCUAUGAAAGAUGUUGUAAAGAAAAUUGAAGCAUUUGAACACAGAUUAUUCUCUCAUCCUUUGAAUAAAGAUCCCAAACUGGAAGAAUGGUAUAACCAAUAUGAACAGAAAGUCAAGGUAGCCAAUGAGAUUAAAGCUAUAAAAGUAGAGUUGAAAAAGAAGAAAUCCUUGUUACAAAUGGAUGAGUUAAAGUGCAGGAAAAGAGUUCUUAGACGCCUUGGAUACUGUACAGCUUCUGAUGUGAUAGAAUUGAAGGGCAGGGUAGCUUGUGAAAUAAGCAGUGGAGAUGAGCUGAUGAUUACAGAGCUAUUGUUUAAUGGUGUGUUUAAUGAUAUGACAGCACAGCAGGCCUGUGCUUUACUGAGCUGUUUUGUGUUCCAAGAAGGCUCCAAUGAUGUACCUAAACUUACAGAAUCUCUGGCUGGACCACUCAGAUUAUUACAGGACACAGCACGAAGGAUAGCUAGAGUAAGUAAGGAGGCAAAACUUGAAAUAGAUGAGGAAGAAUAUGUGACUUCAUUCAAACCAAACAUGAUGGAUGUGGUUCAUGCAUGGUGUAGUGGUGCAAGCUUCUUUGAGAUUUGUAAAAUGACAGACAUAUUUGAAGGCAGUAUAAUUAGAUGUAUGAGAAGAUUGGAAGAAACAUUAAGACAAAUGGUUCAGUCAGCUAAGGCUAUUGGAAAUACAGAGUUAGAAAACAAGUUCAAUGAAGGUAUAAGGAGCAUGAAAAGAGACAUUGUGUUUGCAGCCAGUUUAUAUUUAUAAAGCAUAAAAAAUAAUUUGCGUUUUACAAAUAUAUUCAAACACAAUACAUGAUAUGGAUGGAGUACACAGAUUGAUAAGUUUAUGCAGUGAAAUAACUUCCAUAAUAAACAGGACUUCAAGUGUAUGGAGAUGGCCCUUUUGUAAUACAAAAGUUUGGAAUUGGAAGAAAUGAGAAAUAAGUGAGCAUAAAAGCUUGACGCUGAAGGAUAUUCCAAGGAUACUUUAUCGCUCUGAUCAGUUAAACGACAUCCGUUUUAUGUAGAUUCAAGAAGUAUUUUGAAUCUUCAAAAUUGGAUAAACAUCAAAAAGUAAAUUGAGGAUACUGACACUUAUUAAAGUAAAGGAGUUACGUCAUAUAGAAAGCAAGAAGUAUACAUGUAUAGUUUUGUCUCUCUUUGGUCAUGUUAUGCACACGGUUGCCAAAAUAGCUGAUUGCACCUUUACAAAAGUUAUAUAAGAUCAAAAUUGCCCUGCCAUGGUGUGUACUUGUAUUCAUCAAACGUUAAAAAAUCUUCUACGUAGAAACUACAAUGCAGAGAGCGUAGAUGUUUUACAUGGAGCAUAAAAUAUUUUUCAGCUAAUGCCAUCGAGUCAAAAUUGGCUCCGCUCUAGUGGCCACUUACUUUAAGUUUACUUUUAUAGGAAAACACACGAACAUUGUGUGUGAAAAUACAAAAUGCCCCUGUGCUUCAGUGUUUAGCAUGCAUGUAUUAUUGCUUCAUAUAAAGAUAUUUUAAAUCUUUAUCAUUUUGAAAGAAGAAGCCACCCCCCAUAUAUAACUCAUGUCAUUUUGAAUCAAAGAACAACAACCUGUUGUAGUAAUUGAUCUCCGUUAAGCAAUCUAGGGCCAUCAUGGCCCUCUUGUUAAUUUUUUUGUGUUUAACAAUUUCUUCAUUUUUAAAAUGUUUAUGUUUCAGUUCAGUUUGUAUAUAUGUAAUACAUAGGAAAAAUGAAAAUAUUUGAGGUUAUCUUAUCUUGAAAAUAAAAGAAUAAUGUAAAAUA